UUGAAGUGCAUUGAACAUUGAAAACCUGGCGAUGUCUCGUAUCUCAUCGAGUUCUAUUUUAUUUAGCUAAUAAUAAUCUUAAACGUUUCAGCUAUGUAAAAACAAAAUAAUUUCUCUUCAAAUUGUAUGUGCGACUCUAUUCACGGAUUGGAUAUAGUAAAAAGACGUUCCCGGAAAACCAGGAAGUACGGAGUGAAGGUUGACGUGAGGUCUGGUGCAGCAAGAUCGAGUCUAACAUGGGGGUGAAGAUUGAGGUGUUUCGGAUGAUGGUUUAUCUAUCCUUCCCUGUCACCAUGUUCUGGAUCUCAAACCAAGCCGAGUACUUUGAGGAAUAUAUUGUUAAGAGAAAGCGAGAGAUUUUCCCACCUGAUGAGAAGAUCCAUAGGAAAGAGCUAGAAGACUUCAAAGAGAGAAUGCGAGAACGCAGGGAACGGCGGCUACAGAAACACAUGGCCCUGGAGGCGGCCAGUGUGGAAAAUGCAGAGAGAUAAUUUGAGGGGCAUGACUACACCAAAGCCCAAUCAACAGCCUGCUUUCAUACCCUUUGGUCCACAGGACCAGUGUCACUCACAUGCACCCUUUACCCAUUGUACUGCACUACUUUUGACUAGACGUCCUGAUCGAAAGUAGGCAUAUAUAUAAAAAAAUAAGGGUCUAGGGUGCCAUCUUGGACACAACCAUGAAAUUGGAAGAGGAUGGAUUUCGUGGAGUACGUAGACUGUUGGGCCUACAGUGUAGGCUAUCCACUCUUAGGGAAGGUUUGCUGAGCAGAGUCUCAUUAUAAAGCUUGGUAGGAAAUGCUCUUUCACUGCAAUCAAACUAGAAUUUCACUAUUAAUUAUCUGCCUGCUCUGCAAUGGUGUCAAUGUGAAUCGUUGAUGUAUGCAAGUGUUUCAAAACAGAUGAGCAAACUGAGGAUAUGUCAUAUGGCUUUGAAUAUUAUUUAUUUUUGUAUGAUUUACAUUGUCUUUUGAACAUGGAUGUAUCAGCAUAGUCCUUCAAUAAAGUUUAAAUUGGUCUUUCCUGAA